AUGGCCGACGGCAAGGAGCGAAGGAGAAGGGGGAAAGAAGAAGAUAGGGAAAAGAGAAUCACGAACCCGGACGCUUCCAAGGUUGGUGGGUAUUGCGUUGCCCUUCACCAAGUUUUUUGUUUAAUUACGUGUUACCCCUUUCAGGCAUUGGAUACCUUCAAUACUGCAGUUGUUUCUCCUGUGUACUAUGCAAUGUUCACAAUCCUCACAAUUUUGGCAAGUGCCAUUAUGUUCAAGGACUGGUCUGGGCAGAGUGCAAGUGAUAUAUCAUCUGAGAUGUGUGGUUUCAUCACUGUUCUUUCAGGAACAGUGGUAUUGCAUUCAACUAGAGUGGGAGAUCCAUCUCCUAACUCUGAUCUAUAUAUGCCGCUCCCACCUAAGAUAUCUUGGCACGUUCAAGGAAAUGGCGAGUUUGGGAAGCACAAGAAUGAUGAUUUGCUAGCUGCAGAUUUCAUCACCUUAGUUCGGCAGGAUUACUUCACUUAGGAACCUAUUUUAUCAUGCAAGCCAAAGUUUCACUUCAACAACCUCCAGUUGCUGUCAGUUGCGCGUGCAAAGGCUAUAAUUUAGUAGUGAGAGCAGACCUUCAAAGAAAUCAUUAAUUCGCAGCAUUUUUAUUUUACUUACCCUCUUUUGUAAAUGUCCAAAAGGUAUAUCGUUUGAUGAGUUCAUGUUCUCAUCUUUGCGUUCACUUCUGAUCAUUUUUUUAGUAUAAAAUCUUAGCUGGAAGUCUUCUUCUGCUUUUGUAUGGUUAACAGUGCAGAUUAAGAUCUGGUUAUGUUUAGUUUGUGUAACCUAAUCUUUUUCAUUAGAAGAAUGAUACUGAUGUAGCCAAGUGUCUUGGUUUUCUUAAUGGAAACAUUUAGUGUACAGUAUAAUUCUUGCCGCUAUUUAUGGGAGUUUAAUUUUUUUCUUUUGA